UUUCACAGAAAUCGGUGGGUUUUUCUUUUAACAUCUACGGAAAGUGGUUAUUGAAGAAAUUAAAGCAAUCUAAUUGAAUCAAAAUUAGUGAAAAUAAGGUGAAAUUAUAAUAAAUCGCGCACAAAGUUGAAAUAAAGCGAGCUUUUGAUGUUAAACGAUUAAUUUCGCCACAAAAAGUGAAGUGAGUGCUUUUUCAUCAAAAACACGAAAGGCAAAAAAGAAGAAAAAAAACGUCAUCUCUUGCCAAUAGAAUUGCUGAUGAAUACGAUUUCAGCUGGAGGAGAAACAAAAUACACAUAGCACUGAUUUGGAAAAUAAGGAAAGCCAAUUGGCUUAACUUCGUUAAUCGUACGCAAUUAGGAUAUAAAAUUUAAAUUCAAUUGGUAUCACCAGAAAGCAAUAAAGCAGCAUAUAGACACGACGCAGACGAACAAGUAUGAGCAGCGUUGUGAGUAGCACAGCGCCCAGUCCAGCCAGCUUCAUUGACCCGAAUGGCACAGCAGCAGCCGCAGCUGCAGCCGUCGCAUCGAUGAUGACCGAAUCGACAACUUUAAAACCGAAUUUUAUUGUACAAGCCAAACCAAUGUCGUCGCCCAUUGAUCCGCUCAGUCACGUCGGUGAUGGUAUCUUCCUGCAAACAAAGACCGCUCAAGGACUUGCGACUGUAUUCGUGUGGGCGGCACUCUUUAUCACAUGCCAACAGAUUUAUCAACACCUGCGUUGGUAUACAAAUCCACAGGAGCAACGUUGGAUAGUACGUAUCCUAUUUAUUGUGCCCAUGUAUGCGACAUACUCGUGGAUCAGUUUAUUUUUCUUCAAUUCAGAUAAUGUGUACGUGUAUUUCUUUACCGUACGUGAUUGCUAUGAAGCUUUUGUCAUCUACAGUUUCCUGUCGCUAUGCUACGAGUACCUCGGUGGCGAGGGCAACAUUAUGUCCGAGAUACGUGGCAAACCCAUUAAAAGCUCGUGUCUUUAUGGCACUUGCUGCCUAAGAGGUAAAACAUAUACCAUCGGCUUCCUACGCUUCUGCAAGCAGGCUACAUUGCAAUUCUGCUUGGUGAAGCCGCUUGUGGCGUUUAUUAUUAUAUUCCUGCAAGCUUUUGGCCACUAUCAUGAUGGUGAUUGGAGCGCCAAUGGUGGUUAUAUUUACAUUACUGUCAUCUACAAUAUAUCCGUUACUCUUGCCCUCUACGGCUUGUACUUAUUCUAUUUUGCUACGCGUGAUUUGUUAACACCCUUUGAGCCUGUGCUGAAGUUUUGUACAAUCAAAUCGAUUAUCUUCUUAUCAUUUUGGCAAGGUGUGAUGUUGGCCAUUUUGGAGAAGGCCAAAGUCAUCUCGCCGAUCGUCGACAGUGCUGGCACUCACACCUCAGCUGGUACUGUCUCGGCGGGCUAUCAGAACUUUUUCAUUUGCAUUGAAAUGCUAUUUGCUGCGAUUGCGUUACGCUAUGCCUUCCCCUAUCAGGUAUAUGCGCGCAGCUGUAUUGCCGAUGGUCAAGGUCGCUCUGUAACAAUGCAAUCGAUUUCAAGCAGUCUUAAAGAAACAAUGAAUCCCAAGGAUAUUAUGACAGAUGCUAUACACAAUUUUCAUCCACAAUACCAACAAUAUACGCAAUACAGUUCCGAAGUUACCUCGUCUCAACGUUAUGAGAAACUUUAAAAUGCAUGACAUUCGUUCUGCUAAUAAUGAAUGUGCCGAGACGAAGACAUUUAAUGUUGUGAGAAAUAGAGAGAGAAGAGAGCGCAUUGAAAGAGGAUAAAAGUACUUAACAUACCUAAUAAGAUAUGAAACGAUAUGAAUUCUAAAACGAUAUUUUUUCUAUAGUGCUGUUGCGUUUAGAAAAUGCCUUUACGAAGUGCUUUUCGCAUACCAAAAUUGCCUUAUAAUAGUUAUAAACACAUAUACUACCUACAUAUUUAUACAUACAUACCUAUAUGAAUUGCAAAACAAAACCGUCUUAAACGCUGUUUAUGAUAAAAAUGAAAAUUUUUAAGUGAAACAUUGCAUAGCUCUUAAGUUUAUAUGAAGAAUAGCACAUACACACAUACAUGAAUGUCUAUAUUGCAAAAGCCCUAUUGUUUGUGUUUUUCUUUUUUUUUAAUGUUAUAAGUUUUUACGUGUGCUGAUUAUAAUCUGUAGCAAAGCACAAAAGCGUCUAUUUACUAGCUCAAUAUACACCUGCGCAAACAAGCAUUUUUGGCUAACAACUUUUAAGAUUUUUAUUGCAAAAUAAACCAAAAUUUUGUCCAAACACAUUCCAUAUGCUUCAAAUGUCCAUAUUUGCUCACAUAACAAUGCCUUCGAAGGACGCCAAGCCAAACCUUUUAGCACAAUGGAGUGUUUGGGCUGGUCUACUCAAACAAAAGGAACCCUAGGCGUAAUAUAUUUAUUAAAAUUCUUCUUUACUGGCACAACAUAUGUAAAACAUUUUUAGAGAAUUUCGUCGUCUCUUAACCUGCUAGUUAGCUUAUUUUUUUUUAAUUCUUUAUAUACCAUCUUACACACAUUUUAUGUAGAUAUAAACCACUUUUUUUUUUAAUAAAAUGCCCAUCUAUCUUUAGGCAAAAAAGUACUUAGUGACUGUCCAAAAUAGGAAGAAAACGACAUUUUACACAUAUAAAACCUAGUAAUACUAUUAUUUGGGGAGCGUUACUGAGGUUCUUGGGUACCCAAAUUUAACUGGUUAAUUUUUCAAGCAUGGAUCAAGCGACAUAUUGAAUAUUUAUUGCGUUUGGAACUAUUUUUGUACAAAUUUUCUAUUUUAAAAUAUAUUAUUUGUAAAGCUCAAGAUACUUUUUUAAUUUUUACAAAGUAAAAAAAUACAAAUGAUAGUACAGAUUAUUGUUUCCAGUACGUAACAACUUUUACACCGUUGUUUAUAUUUUUGCAUUUUUUAUUUAAUUUUUUUGAGUUUGCUGUGUUCGGUAAAUAAUAAAGCUGCACUAAAAAUU